GCCUCACCCGCUGGCGUCACGGAGCCCGAGCUCCGCCCAAGGUGUUAAAUUAACUCCUCAGGGCGCCGCGUUCCCCGCCGCCGCUCCUGACUUUCGCGCGGACUCGGCUUCCUGGUUGCGGACGCAGCGGAGUCGCGGCACCGGGCGUCUGUCCCGCGCGCCAUGAGCCCCGCGCGGCCGAGCGUGCUGCCCGCAGUGCUGCGCCUGCUGUCCCUGCUGUCCCUGCUGCUGCCGACGCYUCCGGGUGUCCGGGGUGACUGCGGCCCUCCGCCAGAAGUGCCUAAUGCCCAGCCAAUUSUUGAAGGGAGUACCAGUUUUCCUGAGAAAGCCACAAUAACAUAUAAAUGCAACGAAGGCUUUGUCAAAAUUCCUGGGAAGCCAGACUCAGUGGUCUGUCUUGCCAACAAUCAAUGGUCAGAGUUUAUAGAAUUCUGUAAUCGUAGCUGUGAUGUUCCACCCAGGCUACUUUUUGCAUCCCUCAAAAAGGAUUAUAAUAUGCAGAAUUAUUUCCCAGUUGGUUCCACUGUGGAAUAUGAGUGCCGACCUGGAUACAUGAGGGACCCUUCUCAGUCUGUAAAACUAACUUGCCUUCAGAAUUUAACAUGGUCCAAAGCAGCUGAAUUUUGUAAAAAAAAAUCAUGUCCUAAUCCUGGAGAACUACGAAAUGGUGAUAUCAAUAUCACAACUGGCCUAUUUUAUGGUUCACCCAUCUUCUUCUCAUGUCACACAGGGUAUAGAUUAGUUGGCGCAUCUUCUAGUUACUGUACUCUUUUUGACAGAACUCUUAAAUGGAGUGAACCAUUGCCAGAGUGCGUAGAAAUUUACUGUCCAGAACCAAUCCAAAUUGACAAUGGCUAUAUUCAAGAGGAAUACGAAGUUUACGUAUAUAGACAGUCUAUAACAUAUGGAUGUGAUAAAGGAUUCACCCUGGUUGGAAAGAGCUCCAUUUAUUGUACUGUCAAAGAAAACGAAGGAGAAUGGAGUGACCCGCCACCUCAGUGCAUAGGAAAAUCCUCAGGUUCCAAGCCUUCACCGACAGCUCAGAAGCCCACCACAGUCAGUGUACCAGGUACAAGAGUCCCACCGACACCCCAGAAGCCCACCACAACCAGUGUACCAGCAACACAGCGCCCAUCUGUUCCCAAAGCAACCACGAGUUUUCAUACAACAAGAGUAACGGAAAGAAAAGAAACUUCUCCUUCAGGUGCUGUCAGUCUUAUAUAUGGACUUGUUGCUGCUGCUAUAAUAAUUGGUAUCCUAAUUCUAGUCAAAAUUUUCUGGGACUAUGGAAAAUCAGGCUCUUAUAACACAUAUGAGAACAACAAAGCAGUCAAUGUUAUGUUUCAUAAUUUAAGUGAGACUGAUGAUACCUCAGAAGUCAGACAUUCUGAUAAAUUAUAAAAGGUUGUCUGUAGGAGAUAAUCAUUGAUUUUUGGGCACACAUAUAUAACUUUGACAGUUUUGCUUGUGACGCUAGGAACCAUUGGCUAUCUGACUUAGCCAAAGAAGAGUUAAGAAGAAAGUGUACUCAUGUACACAGAAUACUUGUAGUUUGUUAGAACAUUCUGGAGAAGUGGAUACAAUAAAUGCAGUAGUUCUCUAUGUUUUACAUGUUAUUCUUGUGUUGAAGGUGUAUUGGGAAUGUUAACAAAGCAAGGACAAAAGAGUGUGUCUGGAAUCACGUUCCCAGUAUACCUAAGGCCUCUUGAGAAUAGAACAACUCCCAGAAUGGAGGGUGAUCACUUCUAAAAGUGUAGGGACAUGUUCAGAGGUUUGUUCCUAUUUAGACUG